CACAACCUUGGCAGAGGAUCACUACACUCAAGCAUCAACGGAGCUGUGUGCGCCUCCGACCUUUCCGCAGCACACAAGUCAGCUUCAGAUUCAUCUCAGAGGAGUGGUCAUGUUGACAUAUCGGACUCGUAUGUUUCGUCCUCGUGCAGCUGACGCAACGCUCUGGGUGUUUGGCGGCUCGGUGCGACUCGAACAACAAGUCAAACUGUUUUGACCCAAAAUGGCCGAGUUUUUCACCCAGUUUCUUCUGACUGGGAUGCUGCUGUGUGGGCUGCUGCUCCACACGGUGUCCCAACAUGGAGCCAGGGUUGAUAAUCCCAGCAAGAGGCCCAAUUUCAUCAUCAUUCUGGCAGAUGAUAUCGGCUGGGGGGACCUGGAUGCUAACCAGCCUGAAGCGAAGGCAAACAAUACUCCUCACCUCAACCUGAUGGCUGAGCAAGGACUAAAAUUAACAGACUUCCAUUCCCCGGCCUCUACUUGCUCCCCUUCCCGUGCCGCCAUUCUGACAGGCCGCUACGGCCUAAGAAACGGAGUGACGCACAACUUCGCAGUGGGCUCUGUGGCCGGUCUGCCCCUCUCUGAAGUCACGUUGCCCCAGCUGCUGCAGGAAGCUGGAUAUUACACUGCCAUGAUCGGGAAAUGGCAUCUGGGCCACAACGGCCCAUAUGGUCCAACUCAUAGAGGUUUUGACUACUACUUAGGUAUUCCAUACAGUAAUGACAUGGGCUGCACUGACAUACCAGGAUAUAACCUGCCCCAGUGCCUCCCCUGUGACACACCUGGACCUCAAGUGCUCAGGUUGAAGAGGAGUGUGCAUGAAGCCUGUUAUUCCAAAGUGGGUCUACCUCUGAUUGAAAACCGCAGUAUUGUGGAGCAGCCGCUCAACCUAUGGACGCUAACAGAGCAGUACAAAUCUGCUGCAGCCAGGAUUAUACAAAAUGCAAGUGAGCGACGGCAGCCCUAUCUGCUAUACAUAGCUUUGGCUCACAUGCACGUUCCCCUGGCUCCUCCACUCUCUCCAGACGCCACCACAUCUAACCAUCCAAAUGACGGCAGGGUGUACGGUGCCAGUCUGCGAGAGAUGGACAGCCUGGUGGGGGCAGUAAAGGGCACUUCUGAUGACACAGACAAGAACAACACUCUCAUCUGGUUCACUGGGGACAAUGGUCCUUGGGAACAGAAGUGCCAGUUCGCAGGAAGUGUGGGACCUUUCAUAGGGAAGUGGCAGACCAGCAGAGGUGGAGGCUCGGCUAAGCGGACCACGUGGGAGGGAGGUCACAGGGUGCCGACAGUGGCCUAUUGGCCUGGAAAGAUCCCUGCUAACACCACCAGCUCUGCCCUGCUCAGUGGGAUGGACAUCUUCCCAACUCUUUUGUCUCUGGCAGGGGUAACACCUCCAAGAGACAGACGUUACGAUGGCAUAGAUGCCACAAAUAUCCUCCUGCGAGGUGAACACAGCGGUCAUGAGUUUCUUUUUCACCCUAACAGUGGCGCUGCGGGGGAGUUUGGUGACCUGCAGACAGUUCGAUCAGGGAAACACAAAGCGUUCUACAUCACAGGUGCAGCUGAGGCAUGUGGCGGUGCAACAGGGAUCCAGCAGCUCCAUGACCCACCAUUGAUAUUUGACCUAGAGCGUGACAAGGCCGAGGAAACACCCCUGGACGCCGGGACACAUGAGCACCGGGUGGUAGCAGAGAGGGUCGCCCGCGGGAGGGAGGAGCUGUUGUGGGACAUAGCCACAGACGAGUCUGUGUCUGCAGCUGACUACAGGACGGACAAAUCAGCAGCACCCUGCUGUGACCCGAGUCAGGCUGUUUGCCGCUGCCACGCACCAGGCCGAGGAAAGGAACUCACUCACAGAAAGAGAAGGACACAGAUGUGAGACAACAACACGUGGUGACAAAUAUCAGCUCCAGGAUGUGCUCAGUUGUUUGUUUGUAGAAUGAGCUGUUUUGGAGGUUCAACGUGCAGACGCAGCAGGAAAUGUGUAAACAAGCAGAGAGAGCAAAUAGAAGAACUCUGGCCUGUGAUUGGCCAGGUGGUGGAGAAAAGGUCGGGGUGAGGUAGUACUCCAUAAUGUCAAUAAUUUGAUCUAUCAAAACAUGACAGCUUAGUUGUGCUUCAGUCAGUGGAUGAUUUAUUGCAAUGUUAAUCAUUAGGAAGCCACGCUGUUUGUUUAACAAUGGACUUUGCAGACUAUAAACACAUGCAUUUGGUAUUUGAUGAGAUUUAAUGGGGUAUUUUAAUAUCAUCACAACUUAGUAUAUGUUACUUUUAACAAAUAUUAAUUAGACAGUGCAAUGGUUGAUCAUUUCUCAGCUUUAAUGAGUCUCUGUGGUGAACUGAACAGCUCAAUGCAGCGGAAAGGUGUCCUAACAGUGCCACCUUUUGGCAACAAAUUGUAUUACCAUAUUACUUAUUACAACAGUACUAUAUAUAAAUGUUAUAUAUAUAUAUAUAUAUAUAUGUAUAUAUAUACACAUUAUACACAAAAUCCUCAAUAUAUAUUUAUGCAUGGUAAGUCUAUGCAUUGAUGUGUAAUACUUCAAAACGUUUUUCAAAAGAAUAUUUAAUGUAAAGUAAAAAUGAGCUGGACUUGCACAUUAACACACUAUUCAGCAUUGCGUCAUAAAAUAAAAAAGGUCUUCAGGAUAUCACUGAAAUCCACGGACGCGUACGUUUUUCAUCACGGGCAGCUCGUCGUCAAGAUUUUCACAUUUGGGAUCGGCCACAGAGACGACUCCUACACACGUAUCAUCAGGUUAUGUUUGUGACUUCGCGAUAUAAGUCUGUCGCUACCUUAAUUAGCAUCUGCAAGUCAUACUUACUGCAUGUAUGAGGGUUUAAAUAGUGUGUCACGCUUACAGCAUCUUUAUUUCACUCUAAUGCCCUUCAAAAAGCUCCAAAUGUCAUGCAGCCUGAUUGAUAAAAAUUCCCUGAUGACA